CUGAGGAGGAUGGACGCUGAAGGAGGGAGGAGGGCCUCUGCCUACUGGAGAGAGCAAGAACCCAAAGAGAUACCAGAGGGUCCCUCGGUUCCUGAGGGUGGCCGUUGAUGGAGCGGGCACAGUCUCUACCUGUCUAUCCUCGCCUACCCAAGAGUUUGGGUUGGCUAUUCUGGACCUGGGGUCAGGAGGGGGCUUCCCCGUUUACUGACUAAUUAAGUGCUUAUUAGCGCCAAUUUGUACCCCUGUCAGAGGAGGGGCACCCUAAAGCCACGCCUGUGCUUCCGAGGAUAGUGGGGGUGUUGGCUGGGAACCCCCUUCCUCUUCCAUCCUUAGUGACAGUCGCCAACCGUGGCGCACGGACACGCGCACCGCACCAGGCGAUGCGUUGCAGCGUGCGCUGCGCCCAGCACCGGCGGGCCCAGGGACGCAAGCAGGGCCGAGCAUCUAGUCCCCAUCCCCACCUACACCUCCCCGGGGGGGCCCUGGGCGACCUCGGCAGCUCUGACAGUGAAGACCCUGUGGAGUGCCCCUAAAGGGUUCUCCCGAGGGUGGUCAGAGCCUCCGUGGCGCAUUCUAGAUGGAGACACCUCCGGAAGGAGCUGGCUGAAGGGCCGUGGCCUUCACCUUGUAGCCACUGAUGACCACACCUCCCCUAGCGCAGAGGCUGCUACCGGCAGCGGCGGCGGCGGCGGCGGCGGCGGGAAAUGCUGUUCCAGCACAGCCUGCUCCCGGAGACCCUGGUGUGACCACCAGGAUGGAGCUGGGCCCAGCAACAGAGACCUUUGUGUUGGAGCUGCGGUGUCUUGAGGAUGGGGGUCCAGGGCCUGACACCCUCUCAGGUGGCAGUGGUGGGAGUGAGAGCCAGGAGGAAGAAGAGGUUCAGGAGAGGAGCAGCAGCAGUCCACAGCCACCAGCACUUGCAGCCCCAGUCGGGGCCAGUAACAAUACUGAUGCAGAGCAGCUGGGACCACAGGACUUGCGAGUGCGACGGUUCAAGCAGCAGCAGCCAGAGCUGGACCAACAGCCGCAGCGCAUGCAGUUGCAAGAGCAGCAAGCUCAGCAUCAGCUGUUAGGAUCUCAGCCAGAAUUGCUGCAGCAGCAGCAGCAGCAGCAAGAUGGGCAGCAGCGGAGACAGCUGCAGCAAGAACGUCAGGAAAACCUCCAGUCCGUGCAGCAACAGAAACCCCUCCCACAGCUGCAAGUGGGGCAGCAGCCGGGACUUGUACUGCAACAAGGCCAAGAGCAACAAUUGUUGCUGCUGCAGCAACAGUUGAGGAUGCAGCCCCAAGGGCAAGGGCAACAGCUGUUGCUACAGCAGCAGGAACAGCUGCAACAGCAGCAAAUUCAACAGCAGCAACAGCUAUUGCAGCAACAAGUGAAAGAACAGGCUUUGCUGCUGCUGCAGCCGUCACAGCAGUCAAUGCAAGAGCAACAGCAGUCCCAGCAGCAGCUUCUCCAACAGCAGCAACUAUUGCAGCCACAGGGACAACAGCUGCAGCAACAUGUGGAAGAUCAAGCAUUGCAGCAGCAGUUACAGCAAGCGCAAGAACAACAGCUGUUGCAACAACAGGAGCAGUUACAGCAGCAGCACCUGCUGCUCCAACAACAGCAACUAUUACAGCAGCAGGGACAAUUGCAACAGCAACAAUUGCAACAGCAGGUGUUGUUGCUGCAGCCACAGGGACAGUUACAGCAGCAGCUGUUGCUUCAGCAGCAACAGGCACAGUUGCAGCAGCAGCUCUUGCAGCAGCAACAGGCACAGUUACAGCAGCAGCUAUUGCUACAGCAGCAAGAACAAUUGCAGCGGCAACAGUUGUUGCUACAGCAGCAGGAACAGCUGCAGCACGAGCAGCAGCUGCAGCCUCGUCCACUGGAGCCAGAGGAGGAGGAAGAGGUGGAACUGGAGCUCAUGCCAGUGGACGUGGGGUCUGAGCAGGAGCUGGAGAGGCAGCAGGAGCUGGAGAGGCUGCAGGAACAACGGCAGCUGCAGCUAAAACUGCAGGAACAGCUGCAUCAGCUGGAGCAGCACCUGGAGCAGCAGCAGCAGCUGGAGCAGCUACAGCAGCAGCAGCUGGAGCAACAGGAGGUGCACCUGGAGCUGACCCCCGUGGAGCUAGGGGCCCAGCACCCGGAGCUGCAGCUGGACCUGACCUCUGUGCAGCCAGAGCUUCAGCUAGAGCUGGUACCCGCUCCAGGAGGUGGCGCAGCACCAGCUCCAGCAACCGUCGUGGUGGCUCCUCCAGGUUACGUGGUGCUGCAAGAGCUCAUGGUGCUGCCCGCUGUGGCCACAUCCACUGUGGUGGCCAUCCCAGGUCCCGCGGGGAGUGCUGCUCUGACCCCUGCCAGACAGAGGAGGAAGCGGCGAGCCCGGGACAGGCCAACCAUCUGCGGGGAGUGUGGCAAGGGUUUCAGCCGCAGCACGGACCUGGUGCGACACCAAGCUACGCACACUGGGGAGAGACCGCAUCUCUGCAGCGAGUGCGGGAAGGGCUUCUCGCAGCACUCCAACCUGGUGACCCACCAGCGCAUCCACACAGGCGAGAAGCCCUACGCCUGCACCUACUGCUCCAAGCGCUUCAGCGAGAGCUCGGCGCUGGUGCAGCAUCAGCGCACCCACACCGGAGAGCGGCCCUACGCCUGCGGCGACUGCGGCAAGCGCUUCAGCGUCUCCUCCAACCUGCUGCGCCACCGCCGCACCCACUCCGGUGAGCGGCCCUACGUGUGCGAGGACUGCGGCGAGCGCUUCAGGCACAAGGUGCAGAUCCGCAGGCAUGAGCGCCAGCUGCACGGGGCAGGACGUUCCCGAGGCCUGGGCCUCCUGAGGUCCUCCAGGCCUGCAUCCUCGGGAGGCUCCACAAGGGCCCAGCAGGCCUCUGCAUCCGGGAGGUCCUGAGUGGUGUGAGAGAUAGCCACACACACCUGGACCCAAGGUCACGGUCUUAACCCCAGUUUGGGGUCUUUCUGAGUAUAUUGAAU